AAAAUCCAAUAUCAAAAAAUUACUGUAAAAGAUUUGAACAGACGACGGGAUACGAAAAAUUCCGGGAACUCACAAAGGUUUAAAUUGCAGAGGAAUUGGAAAAAAGAUUAAUUUUUUUUUUGGCAGGGUUGAACCUUUCUCCUUCAAACCCCAGCACCCAUUCAAACACCACAUUUCAGCUCCAUAUUCCGUCUCUCUCUCUCUCUACAAAUUGUUGUUUUCAUACCAAACCCUAAACCUAACGAUCUUGAUCAGGGACCAGAGAGAUGUGGUGGUGCUGUUAAUUCUUUAGGGGUUUUUUCGGGUGCACUUUAAUGGGCGAUCUCCGAUCAAGCAUUGGCGCAGCAGCGGAAGAGAGGAGAGCACCGUCGCCACCGCCGUCGAACCCGAGUCCGUCGUCGAUUGGGUCCAAGCGGUGGGCCAUAGCAGAGGAAGCGACUCAGGAGAUUUUGUGCCGGGUUCAGCCCACUGUGGAGUCGGAGAAGAGGAGGAGGAAGGUUAUAGAUUAUGUUCAGAGGUUAAUUAGAGGCUGUGUUGAUUGCAAGGUUUUCCCAUUUGGAUCUGUACCACUGAAAACAUAUCUUCCAGACGGAGACAUUGAUUUGACAGCCUUUGGUGGUGCAAGUGUUGAAGAAGCUUUGUUGAAUGACGUGGUAUCUGUCCUUGAAGCAGAAGAUCAAAAUUCGGCUGCUGAAUUCAUAGUGAAGGAUGUCCAGCUCAUUCGGGCUGAGGUUAAACUGGUGAAAUGCAUGGUACAGAAUAUUGUGGUGGAUAUCUCCUUCAAUCAAUUAGGAGGGCUCUGUACGCUAUGCUUUCUUGAGAAGGUUGAUCAUCUAAUUGGCAAUGACCAUCUCUUUAAACGCAGUAUCAUACUGAUUAAGGCAUGGUGCUAUUAUGAAAGUCGAAUCCUUGGAGCUCAUCAUGGCUUGAUUUCUACGUACGCUUUGGAGACACUGGUUCUAUACAUUUUCCAUCGUUUCCAUUCAACUUUGAAUGGUCCUUUAGCUGUUCUUUAUAGAUUUUUGGACCAUUUUAGCAAAUUCGAUUGGGACAAUAACUGCGUUCGGUUAACUGGUCCAAUCCCUAUAUCGCCGGAGAUCGUGGCUGAGAAGCCUGAGAAUGGUGGGAGUGAUCUACUGUUUAGUGAUGAUUUUCUUAGGGACUGUGCUGACAUGUUCUCAGUUCCUUCAAGGACGGUUGAUACAAAUUCACGGUUAUUUCCUCAAAAGCACCUCAACAUAGUUGAUCCACUAAAGCAAAAUAACAACCUUGGCCGCAGUGUCAGCAAAGGGAACUUCUAUCGAAUAAAGAGUGCUUUCACAUAUGGGGCCAGGAAACUUGGGCUAAUACUUUUGCUGCCAGAAGAUAACAUAGGUGGUGAACUCCAUAAUUUUUUCUCUAACAUGUUGGAUAGGCAUGGAGGUGGACAGAGGCCUGAUGUCCAAGAUCCAGUUCCCAUGUCUGGUGACAAUGGUUUCGUUCCCACGUCAUUUUCAGAAAAUGAGUUGUCCCUUGAAGAGAAGCCAAUUUCUGAAUCCAAGUAUCCCAAUUCAAUUCACCUACGCGGAGAAUGUACGUUGGAUCAUGAUGGACUAUCCCUCAAUGGAGUUAAUGAUAUUAAGGUAUCACUGAUGGAGAUGAAAGUUGGUAGAACAUUGAGUGGACACCAGAAAAGCUCAGUGGUUAGCCCCCGAUUGUCGUCUGAAACUAAUACUUUGAAUAAGACUGCUAUUAUGGGACACCGUUUUUGUGGGGAUGCAGAAGAUCUUUCUACCUCAAAACUGCAAGGUCUUCAAAUUUCUGAUGAUGCACCUAAGGCUCUUUGUCCAAGUGUUGAGGAGAGUGUCUCCCAAGCUCUUCGUCCAAGCGUUGAGGGGAGUGUCUCCCAAAGGACAAUUGCGCCUCAUGCACCACAUCUCUAUUUCUCUGGUGCCGUAUCAGGGAAUGGGAAGCUUGGACAUGAAAACUCCUAUACGACAGAAUUAGAAGACUCUAGUUUAAUUGUAGACACAGUUUCUUCUGGUAAUCAUGAGGUCCUUACCACGGUUGGAUCAAAUGAUGUUGCAUAUGUCUCUAGCCCUGUUGCUUGCUCCACAGCAGGUUUCCAUCCUGGCUAUCGGGAAAAGACCUCAGUGGGAGCUACAGGAAGUCGUCAACAUUUGAAGUCCUUGUCUGCUCUGGGUGGGGAUUACAACAGUCACCUUAACAGCUUGCAAUAUGGUCGGUUUUGCUACGAGAACUCCUCAAGUGGGCCUGCUUUCCUUGUGCCUCCAGAAUUGCAUUCCCAGUUUCAACCUAAGAUUCCAUGGGAUGCAAUUCGGCAUUCGUAUCAGUUCAAGCGUAAUGGGUUCCACAAUGCAAAUGCCAAUGGUGCAAUCCCCAGACCUGUUUUCUACCACCCGAACACGCUGCUAAUACCCGGUGCAAGUUUUGGUGUUGAAGAGAUGCCAAAGCCGCGAGGAACUGGGACGUAUAUACCAAAUGCGAACCGGCCACCAUACUGGAAGCCGUAUGCUGCAAGGGGAAGGAAUCAGGGACCACUGUCCUCUCCGCGCACCAAUGGGCGAGUGGGACCACACAUCGACAGCACUAGUGAACAAGCACAACUUCUUGAUCAAGGUUAUGGGAAGUUUGGGUCUUUUGGUUUCUAUGAAUCUGGUUCCCCUCGUAGACAGGUGCAAAACAACGCUAAUGGUUUUCAUCUCCAGCCUGAGGGAUUUGUUGAAUUUGGGUUAGUUGCGCAAGUUCCAUUAGUAGUGCCCUUGUCAGAAAGCAGUAGACCAGUUACUCCUCCUGCCUCUUUGUUAACUCAGGAUUCUUCUCAAAGUGUUCCGACGCCGGGUACGAAUCAGGAUAGGGUAAUGGAUAAAUCAUCAUACCGUCUGAAGGAUGAAGAGGAUUUCCCACCAUUGUCUAGCUGAUUGUUGUUUGAAGGGUUUCUUUACAUUAUAUCGGCAUGGUAAGUAUGCAUAGAACACAAUGUGCUAACAAACCAGCGUAAGUCACAGCUUCCUGCCUUUGUUGUUCAGUUCUCCAUCGCUUGUGAUUUUAGAAAGGGGGAGGCCUUUUUCCCAGUGUAGUGCAAAUGCCUUUUGUACAUUGUAGUAAUCAUAUGCUCCCCAGAUAAAUCUUCACAUCUUUGUUUAACAUUGAGUUCUUGUAUAUGUAUAGCAUACUGAAAACUAGGGUUGUCAAGCUGAUUUUGUUUUCGAAAUUGUUUCUCCCUGUACCUUAUUUAUAGUGGCCAAUUAUUUGUCGUCGCAUAGUUGAAUAGCUGGAAUAUAUGUCCAAUUUUUAUGUUGUUUUGUAACUGGAAUGAUGUUUCAAUCUUUUGGCUUCCUGUUGAGUGAGAAAGCAUUACUGCCUGUUAUAAAUCUGAAAUUUGUACUCACCACCCUUAACCUUCCAA